AUGGACUUGUUCGCAAAAGCGGUUGCCAAAGCUCAGAGUACCAUCGAUAAAACGCUGGGAAUCGAUGAAGGGCAGGCCAACGAAGCCAUGGAGGCCUCCAUGGAAGAGGGAGCGAUGUUCACUCAGGUUGCUGGAAAGGUGGUGGAGAAAAUCAAAGUCAACCCGACUUCGUUUUCCACUGGCUACUACAAGAGGGACCGAAAAAUCCCGAAACCAGAUGAUUUCUUUUCCAAUAUCGGCGGAGACUUUGCGAGUCCAGAAGCUGUCAGCAAGAGUGAGAUGAGCAACCACUCAUCGCCAGAUGCCAAGUCAAGGGGGUUUCAACGCGGAACAAACCUCAACAACGAUUUUUCAGAUGAAGGGUGGGGGCUGAAUGAUUCAAUUGGUGCGUCGCCCAGCAAGGGCUCGGUUAAGGGAAACGCUGCUGUAAAUGACUCUGAGCCUUCUGCUGCGCAACACAAGGUGUUCGAUCAGAGUCCCUCCCGGUACCAUCCAUUAGAGCAAGGCUCCAAGGCAAUGGACGAGAACCAUUCUCCUUUGAACGAGGGGGUGCCUGCAGCACCCAACACGGUCCAAGCUGAAAGUGAGGAAGAAGUCAAAGAGCAGGAAAAUGGUGAAGCUGAAGCUUCCAGGGCUGAUGACUUCUUAGACUUUCCGGACCCUCCAGCGUUCUGGGAUGAGGCUGAAACACCUGCCGAUGCUCUUGUCACAGGUUCAGAGGAGGGGUCGAAGUAUGAAACAAGCGCGGCUCCAGUAUCAGAAGCGCAUGUCACUCCGGCCGAGUCUUCAAGUCAGCCGUAUCAGGAGGAUUUGAAGGGAGCUGAGCAAGAUGAUUCUAAGCAUGACGGGGUUCUAGAAGGCCCUGACAAGAAUUUGACAUCUUCCACUGUCGAGUCAUCGGCGGAAAGCAAUCAGGAAGAUGGAUCUCAGCUCGGGGCAGAGGGUGAGAAGGAGGCUGAUCUGAAUUCGAAUUCGAAUGAGGAAGCUCAGACUGUCUCUGUUGAUCAUUCAUCUCCUGUCAGUGCUGAAAGAGAAGCUCCCAUGGACAGCACAGGCUCUGCUAACGACACGACUGACCAAGAGGCCGUUGAGCCAGAUGAGAUCGAGGAGAGCAAGACUUUGUCUGGUUCUCCUGCUUCACAGGCGCAGAGAGGAGCGGGUUGUGCCGUGUGCAGAGGCAACGAGGAGGCGUUGAAGGAGGCGUUGAGAAGGAAUCAAGGGAUAACACAGGAGAGGGACUCUCUUCUUGCAGAAAUGUCUCAAGUCAAGACUGAGCUCAAGCAGCUUCAAGAUGCUCUUGCGCGCAAAGGGACACAGUAUCAGGAAGAGAUUGAAAAGCAGGAAGCUCUCGAGGUCACUGUCCAGGAGAAGGAGGGGUUCAUCCAGCAACUUCGGAAGGAGUUGAACACGCUGCGUGAUUCCAAGGCUGACUCGUCGACAGUCUCUCAACAGCUCAAGGACAGCGAGUCUGCCAGGGAGCAGCUGAUGGACGAAGGACGCAGGCUCAUGACUGAGAAGCAAAGUCUGGAGAAGAUCAUCAAAGGGCUCCGAAAGCAGUUGAAAGACAGAGAGAAGGACGAAGAGCGGUACAAGGAAGGGAAAGCAGCUGAAGAAGCGAGGAAGAAAGCCUAUGAAGAAAGGCUGGCGGCUCUCGGGGAGCAGGCGCAGAAUAGUAAGAUGCAGACCGACAAGCUCAUGGCUGAGUGCUCGGACCUGAGGAAGAAGCUGCAAGGCAAGGAGAAAGAGAUCGGUCAGCACGUCAAGAAGAUCGCAGAGCUCGAAAGGACUGUCAAAGACACUCUUAAGUGCAACGAAGACUUGGCAAGAAAGCUGGAGGAUGUGGCUUCAGACGCUCAGACAGAUGCGAGACGAGCAGUGGAGAAGGAGAAGAAAGCGUACGAGAAAGAAGCCGAAGAGAAGAUCGAGAUGCUGUCCGAUAGCUUGGAGUCCAUGCAGGCAGCAAUGAGGCGCCUCGAAGCUCAAAGCAAUAGCAAGGAGCAGCGCCUCCGAGCGGAGCUGGAAGACGUACAGCAGCGAUGCAGAGAGGCGGAGGAGCGAGUGCUAGAGCUUUCUUCCUCCGUUCCUGAUGCCACAAGACCUCUCCUGCGUCAGAUUGAAUCGCUCCAGACGUCCUUCGUAGACAAGCAGAGAAUUUGGGAGCAGCUUGAGAAGACGCUCAGGCAGCGAUGGUACUUGCACUUGCUGCUCACGUCAGAAGUGACUCGUGCGUUCAGCUCGGAUGCAGAGGCUGAAGCGAGACAAGCAGUGGAGAGAGAGAAGGUGGCUGCUGAUCGUCUCAAGAACGAGCAGGAGAGCGUCGCGUCCCUUGAGAUCCGUGUGUCUUCUUUACAGGGCGAGGCCUCCCGCCUCUCGGCUGAGCUGAGAAGCCUCCGAGAAGAGCUCGAGAUCGCGAGGAAAGCUGAGCAGGAUGCAACGGCGGAGGUCGAAGUGUUCAAGUCGACUUCAGAGAGGCGCGCAAAUGAGAUCUCAGAGCUCAAGGCGAGUGCAGACCUCAUGUUGCACCGUGAGAAGGUAACGGAGCUCGAGCUGAAGGCUACCCAAGACCGCGAGAAAGCAGCGGAGGAGAAAGCGAUGCUGCAGCGACAGAUAAGGUCGCUAGAGACUUCAGUGCAGACUAUCAAGGACGUCAAUUAUGAUCGCAGCAGAGGAGGAUCCAGAACAGAGGCUGACUUGGGUGGUGGCUACUCGAACUUCUCGCAAGACAGCGUCUUCGAUGUCGCCAAGUUUUCCUCUGCCCAUUCGCUGCAGGACAGAAACGGUUGGGAUCGAGCUGGGCUGAAGUUUGUUGAGCCUGACUUCCCUCGAGCAGAUGGAUCGAAGCACCUCGAAAAACACAUCCUCAUGCUCCAGCAGCAGAAGCAUGCGAAGGAGGCGGAGCUGCUCCCCAUCCUGCAGAACGAGGUCACCUUCCUCCGACAACGACAGGAACUCGCGCUGGAGCUGCUGGGCGCCAGGGAGGAGGAGCUGGAUGACUUGCGGUUGACUGUAGAAGAGACCCGCCUGAUCUACAGGGCGGAGCUCGAACGCCUAAUGGAAGUUCUGCCGACGAGCGAUCGCUGGCGGAUCCCCACCUUCCCCACUUCAAGCACAGCAGCAGAAGCAAAGAAGGACGACGAUAUGGACCCGCUAGAGCUGCCUGACCCUCCCGCUGGCGGGGGAGGGACUGAGCGAAAGGGUUUGACUCGUGUAACUUAG